AUGCCUGCCGCUGGUGCUUCUUCUGGUCUUGCACGCACUGUGUACAACACUUUCUUCAAGCGUAACUCGGUUUAUGUGACCACCAUCUUCGCCUCCGCCAUUGCAUUCGAAAUGGGCUUCGAUACCAUCAGCGACAAGGUCUGGGAUGACAUGAACAAGGGUAAACAAUGGAAGGACAUCAAGCACAAGUACGAGCAGUAG